GUCCGGUCCCCUGUCGGGUCCCCUGUCGGGUCCCCUGUCGGGUCCCCUGUCGGGUCCCCUGUCCGGUCCCCUCUCCGGUCCCGUGUCCGGUCCCCUGUCGGGUCCUGUGUCCGGUCCCCUGUCGGGUCCCCUGUCGGUUCUGUGUGUUCUGAAGGUGGCAGCCCUGGUUUCAUGGUCAGUGUAACUCUGACCAUGUCUUCUCUCUUACCUGUUUCCCACCAAGCUGGUUCCAGUGGCAGUUCAGUGCUGCUUCUCGUGCCAGUGCUUGAUGGAUGCCGAAACAGAACGGUUUGCUUUUCCAUUGAAACAGGAGUCAAUCCAGAGCCACGUGCUGAUGUUAACGCCGGCCGUCGCCUGUGACUGAGCUUCCAGGAUCAGUUCAGGAACAAGUUCACCAUCAGACAAGUGCGCUGUGAUAACCUCUUUUCAGUUGUUGGAGAGCUCUGGCCCGCUCUGGCCCUGUCGGGGCCUCCGUCGGGUCCUGGUCCCCCGUCGGGUCCUCUGUGUUGGUUCUGUGUGUUCUGGCGGUGGCAGCCCUGGUUACUUGGUCAGUGUUGUCAUUGAGACAUACAGCGGUUCCUCUUCCUCCCCGGACCUGGGUCUGAGCAGACUGGGACUCUGCUCACUGUGAGUCUUCAUGUUCUUUAUUUCGGUGUCCUUUCUGAGCACUUGUUGGUGUUUUCUCCAUCCAGUAGCGAUGGACGGUCGUUCUGGUUCUGCGAGGACUUGCUGCUGAGGAGCGGCUGCUGUCUGUGGACGCUCCGGUCGGGAUCGACCCAGUGGAGGCGGCGGUUCUCCUCAGUGCUCUCCCACUGGCUUCCUAACAAACCUCAGUGUUGCACCAGCGUCUUAAAAUGCUCCCGUCGUGCCUCUCUAAGAGUGUCUAAUCUCCAGACUGGGUUUAAGCACUUAUGUCAUUUUCUAAAACGUGGAUUUGAUCUUUACCUCUAACAAACGACUGUGGCUUUCUCUUUAUGUUUAUUUGCUUUUAGCUAUUGUGGCCUCUUGAUUUGUGCCAUUAGAUUGAAACUAUAAAGGUAGAUUUGAUGAAUCUAAACUAUCUAGUGGCAGACAUUGACAUAAUUCAUACUUUUCUACCUCUAUGUUGUCCUGUAUUGUUUUGCAAGAAUCAUUAGAGCUAGCUUUAACCUGUAAGAACGAGGCAGUUUUACCACUGAAAAUGGAGAGAUGUUCAAACCUCAGCUGUGAAGGAGCGGAAACAUGUUCCAGAGUGGUCUUUCUCUAUACUCGCCUUUAAUUAUAUUUCUACUUAUGUACUACCUCAGAGGGGACAGACAGAAGCCUGUCCGUCUAACUGCAGAGAGAUGUCUGUGUAGAGUUUUUUUAUUUGUCAGAACAAGCACAUGUACUUGGUAGCUCCGUAGUUUUGUAUUGAGGUUAGCUCCCAGGAGAACGCGUACUGCCUCUGUAUUUGUCCGGCUCCUGCUGUUCCAGCCUCCCAGUGUGAGCAGACGUGUCAAACUGGCUCUGGUUCCUCGGUCGGUCAGUCCCGUCAGCAGUGCGACCACCUCGGCGUCCUCCUGGAGGGACGUCUAGUGAAAGCAGAGAUGUCUUUGGCAUUAGCCAUUUUUAAAGGUGCCUUAUUUAACACAGUCAUUUUAAACUCUCCUUGAAUUUUGAUGCUUCCAAACAUGCAGCAACAGUCAAGAGUGUGUUUCAAACAUGGUCAAAGUUCCUAAAUGUUCAGGAUGAGGGUGGCGAGAGCCUUCUCCUUAUCAGGGCACAAGAUGUUUUCACUGCUUCACCAUGGCUCUGAUGCUCCUGCUGCAUGACGCUCGCUCUGGUCCACCCGCUCGCUCUGGUCCACCUGCUCGCUCGCUCUGGUCCACCUGCUCGCUCGCUCGCUCUGGUCCACCCGCUCGCUCGCUCUGGUCCACCCGCUCGCUCUGGUCCACCCGCUCGCUCUGGUCCACCUGCUCGCUCGCUCUGGUCCACCCGCUCGCUCUGGUCCACCUGCUCGCUCGCUCUGGUCCACCCGCUCGCUCGCUCUGGUCCACCCGCUCGCUCGCUCUGGUCCACCCGCUCGCUUGCUCUGGUCCACCCGCUCGCUCGCUCUGGUCCACCCGCUCGCUCGCUCUGGUCCACCUGCUCGCUCGCUCUGGUCCACCCGCUCGCUCGCUCUGGUCCACCCGCUCGCUCGCUCUGGUCCACCCGCUCGCUCGCUCUGGUCCACCUGCUCGCUCGCUCUGGUCCACCCGCUCGCUCCGAGCUGCCCGCUCACCCUGGCGCACUGGCCCGUUCGCUCUGGUCAACCCACUCCCUCCGAGCCGCUCUCUCGCUCUGGUCCACCCGCUCACUCUGGUCGACUCACUCCCUCCGAGCCACCCGCUCGCUCCGAUCGACCCGCUCGCCCUGGCGCGCUGGCCUGCUCGCUCCGGUCCACCCGCUCACUCUGGUCCACCCGCUCACUCUGGUCGACUCACUCCCUCUGGUCGACUCACUCCCUCCGAGCCACCUGAUCGCUCUGGUCGACCCGCUCACUCUGGUCGACCCGCUCCCUCUGGUCGACUCACUCCCUCUGGUCGACUCACUCCCUCCGAGCCACCUGAUCGCUCCCGGUCGCCCCGCUCGCUUCAGCCGACCCGCUCGCUCCGGCCGACCCGCUCGCUCCGGCCGACCCGCUCGCUCCGGCCGACCCGCUCGCUCCGGCCGACCCGCUCGCUCCGGCCGACCCGCUCCGAGCCAGCUGCUCGCUCUCGCUCUUUUCGGUCUAUGCUGACACCCAACCGGAGCAGCAGCUCGCAGGCAGCAGCAGUAGCAUCAAAGCUUGGCCACUGUCUGGGCCCUCAGUGGGGGGACCUGGGUUUGAAUCCCAGCAGGAAGGUCAAGCGAUCUAGGCAAAAGAACGAGCCUGACACGCACAAGAUACUUCAUAUGAACAUGCGGAGAGAAACCUGGGUAUUUCCAGCCCUGGAACUGAAAGGAGUUUGACACCCUGCUCAGGAGUGUUAGUGAUCAGCUGACGAGGAAGCAGCAGUACGAGCCGCUGCUCUGGGCCUCUGUUCACACUGGGGGGGCGGGAGCAGCAGGGCGGGACGCCACAUUUCAUUUCACUGUUCAGUCAGUGGUGACCUGCAGGGCCUUCCUGAGGAGCACCGCUGCGACCUUUACCACCUUUAACGUAGAUCUCGUUAGGUGUUUGUAUUUUCACUUGAUAGACUAGAGGGCAGUGGAAAAGGAAAGAUGUCAUUUUUCAAUUGUCUGAGCGUAAAGUACUACAAAAUAAACAAAUCUUUAGAUUUA